AUGAUAACAACUGCUGAAGUCGAGCCUAGGAGAGGAAGGGCUCCCCCAGUUCUCCCCUGGCCGACUACUCUGCCUCCAAUUAAUGAGGUGCACAGGGACACUUUGCGGAACUGGUGCCGACAGUGCAAGUGGAGAGAUGGCCAGAAAAGAGCUGCUUGUCAGAGACUCCAGAAUAGGCUUUCUUUGAGAGUGACCAGAGUAUUUCUGAAAUACCGGAGACCAGACUGUGACCACGACCACGUUCAAAUUCCUCCUGCUGCUGAGACCUUUCUGCCUCACGCCUCGGGGGGGUGCGCUGUCCACGGCAGACCUCUCUCCGCACACUCACAAGGCUGGGUCCGUCUACAGUCCCGUGUGGGUCAGGUGUGGGUGUCUGAUACUCCCCGGAGGACAAUCCCUCUCUCCCUGCUACCAGCCUGCACUUUCUCCACUCCAGACCUGGAAGAUAAUCUCUUGUGUCCUGAAUGUGUAAAAAGGAAUAAGAAGAUGAUGAGAAGAUUAGUUACAGGGAGGAGAGAGAAGCAGCCUGACUCAAGCACACCAACGCCAGCCCUGAUGAUGAAGAGAUCUCAGGGAGCCCACAGCUACAGCAGUCUGCAUGCAGCCUUCUCCAACUUUGACUUGUUUAGAUGUGCACAUCUGGAUUCUGUGUUUGCUUCAAAUAUUUAA